AUGACGGUCCUCGAGCAAGAAUACAGAGCAGUGUCGACGAGGUCGGAGAUGUCGUCUCUGGGAAAGGCGGCGGCGGCGGGGAAGAAGCGGCCGCCUCACGAGUACGCCGACGGCACGAUCCACACCCUCGUGGACCGAUCCGGGCAGCCGUUCGAGAUCAGAGUCAAGAAAAGCCUCGGAGGGCACAAUGGCGAGGGCUUCUCGAUGGCCUGCGUCUUUGUCGCCGAGUGCGUGUCUCCGAGUCACCAAGAUUCGUCGUCGUUAUCGUCGUCGUCGUCGCCACCACCACCACCGCGCUACGAUGGCCCCUUUGUCGUCAAGAUUUUUGAUCCGCGGUACUCGACCCGGCUGCGUCAAGAGUUUGGCGUCGCCGAGUUUGACCCACACAUCCUCGAGGAUCUGGCACAGUCUACACGCAGAGGGGACCAGGCUGUGUUCGAAUACCACAUGACGGCACCCUACACCCCUCCCCACGACCUGUCCGAGACAAGUCAGGAGAUCCUCGACGAGCUGACACCGCCGAUUCUCUUCGGCGACAUUUACAGCCAAGCCCUCGCGGACGAGGAUGUGCUGCAGGCGUUUCUGGCGGACGGCAUCCUCGCCACUGCACCCACGGACGUCGAUCGGGAGUUGUUCGUCUGGCUCUUGUCCCAGCACAUGUUUCGGCACGAGGAACACAUGCACACGUAUCUGAGCCAAUUCCCCAGCGCGCCCGUGGUGCGCAUGAAGGAGAGUCUCAAGAUCCAGCCCAAGUUGCCAACCAACAACUCGCGGGAUGACGAAACGGUCGCCGCGCUCUCGACCGCCACGGGCUUCGGAGCCAUCGUCCUGGACCUCGUGAGUGGCUACACGAUGCUGGAGUUCCGGGAACUUUGCAUGUUGUCGGCGGAGGAAUUCGACGAGAAGCCGGCCGAAGUACGGGAAAUGAUUCCGACGAGUAGAGAGACGGCCCGACAGUUCUUCGAAGACGUCAACAACCUCCUCCGGUUCCCCCUGAGCGUGGGUGUCCAAAGUCGAGACCCCAAUCUGGGCAACAUCAUGUGCAGCCCACGGCUGGAUGGCAGCAGCACCGGUACGCAGCUGACCUGGAUCGACGUCGGCCAAUUCCAGCCUCUCCUCGGGAGACAGAUCUGGGCCCCAGACACCGUUGAGAUUGCGAGGGACGCGUCCCUCGCCAUGUUCGGCACCAAGAUCGACGAGCAGCAAGAACAGGAUAUCUACAGCGACCUGUCCUUCGUCUUCCGUAAGGUCGGGUAUUCCAGCAGCCUGGUGCACGACCUGAAACUCGACCGGUUCCGCCAGUGGGGACGCAAGGUGUCGAUGACGUUCGCGUGGCGCGCGAUCAUGGAGGAUAUCUGCAUCGACGACUGGCGGCACGGCAGGCCGGUCGAUACGCAGUUGUCCAUCUGCCUCGUGCGCAUGGCCAAGACGAUCAUGGACCAGGAGAAGAACAUCACGGGAGUUCCACCACGGGAGACCACCCCGGAGCGACAGGACUGGUUCCGCCGCGCGGUGCUCAAGCUGCACUAUUUGCUCUGCAGCGAGUCGGCCGACGCGCCCUUUGUGACGCCGUCCGGCAGAGAGGCAGCCGUCAGAUUCGACACCCUCAUGGCUUCGGCGGGGUAUCCCGACGGUCAAGUGGUCGUGGUCGGCCGGUCCAUGGCCGAAUUGAAGUCGAGAGACGGGAAACGCACUUACCCUUCCGUGGAGGAAGUCGUCCUGCACGGGGCGGCGACACGCAUCUUCCCCGUCCGGUUCUGGUCCGCGGAUCAGCCCAUCGAGUCGGUCAUUUCGGAGCUGCAGGCCCGGUAUGCGAAGGUGCUCAAGGCCCGGGUGAUUGAUUGA